AUGCGAUAGGCGGAGCCUCGGGAGGGGGCGGGGACGCCCCGUGACGUACUUCCGUCCGCGCCGCCAAUGAGAGGAGCGCGGAGCGGCGGCGCGCGAUGGCGGGGGAGGCGGUGACGCUGCAGCUCGGACACUACGCGGGCUGCGUGGGCGCCCACUGGUGGGGGCUGCAGCGCGGCCCCCAGCAGGACACCGAGCUGAGCCAUGCCGCGCUACUGCGCGCCGGGCGGGAGGGCUGCACGCCGCGCCUCAUCGCGCUGGAGCUCAAAGGCGGUGUGGGCCCGCUGGGGCGCGGCGGGGUCCGCCCGGAGCCGCUGGCGGCCUGGCGCGGGGCCGUGGCCAACUACGCGGAGCCGCCGCCGGGAGCGGGAGCAGCGCUGCGGGAUCGCGGGCAGCGGCCGGUGCAGCCGGGAGACGCUUCAGGGGACGCAGACGGCGGCUCCAGCGCUUCCGUUCAAGAUGCAGCCCCAGCCCCAGCCCCGCUCGCUCCGGCCCCAGGCAGCAGCACACAGCUCUGGUCCGAUUACCUCAGCGUGCAGCUGCACCCCAAGAGCGUCUGCGUCCUCCAGCAAUACAACCACGACGGGGAUUCCGGUCGUCUGGAAGCCUUUGGGCAAGGAGAAAGGCUGGUGGAAGAUGCUGGCUGCAUGGAGGAGCUGGAAGAUCGCCUGCACUUCUACGUUGAAGAGUGCGAUUACCUGCAGGGAUUUCAGGUCCUCUGCGACCUCCACGACGGGUUUUCUGGAGUUGGUGCCAAGGUGACAGAACUGCUCCGCGACGAGUAUUCAAGAAAAGGAAUCCUCACCUGGGGCUUGACUCCGGUCACGCAGAACGUGGGGGAUUCUCAGAAGAACUUUUACAGAGUGCUGAACGCAGCCCUGGGAAUCGCGCACCUCUCCGCUCACAGCUCGCUGUUCUGCCCCCUGUCCCUCAGCGGCAGCCUUGGAAUCCAGCCCCAGCCUCCCACGGCCUUUCCCUACCUCAGCUACGAUGCGUCCCUGAACUACCACAGCAGCGCAGUCCUGGCGGCAGCGCUCGACACCCUCACGGUUCCCUACCGCCUCUGUUCCUCUCGGGGCUCGAUGAUGCACCUUGCUGAAAUGCUCAGUUUCUCAGGGAGAAAGGUUGUGGCUGCCUGGGCUGCAGUUCCCUUCCCUGCUGUGUGCGGCCGCUCGCUCCCAGAUGUUUUGUGUGCACAGCAGCAGGACGUGCCCUGGAAGCUCCUGUCCUCAUGUAGGGAGCAAAAGGGCAGCCGCUGUUUCGCUCAGUCUGUUGUGCUAAGAGGAAUGUGCAAAGAAAGCCCCACCAGCCGCCCAGGAGAGCAGCCUCCUUCUCCGCUCCACGCCUGUGAGACGGCCGAGCAGGUGCUGCAGUGUUAUUUACACACGGUGUUCCCCGGGGCAUUCAGCACGACCCAUGUUCUCGAGCAGCCGUGUGUUACUCUACCUCCGUAUCCCCGCAUUUUUUCUCCUCUUCUGACCAGACAAGGCUUCCUCCGGGACGAUCUUUCCAGUUACUCUGCAGCAGCUGUUGAAAGCAUCCCUGUGCUGGCAUCGCUGCAGUCCUCACCAGUUCUGCGCACGCUCCUCUGCGACCUCUGCAAGGACCUCCAGAAGUUGGGCACCCGGCGCUGCGCCAGCUUCUUCGCCGCAGGAGUUGAAGAGGACGACUUCCACGAGGCCCUGCAGGAACUGAGAACUCUAGCACAGUGCUACGAGAUGGGGUUCGGAGCGGGUGACUCCGAAGAUGAAACCGACUCAGACUGAUGCAGCUUUAUUAUUGGAGAUAGGGGAAGGGAGGAAGAUGAUUAAGAGGGCUUUCAAAAUAAAGGGAAUGGCUCUGAA